UUGCAUUUGUCUUUGAAGCAGACAACCAAAACCGUUAUUGAUAUUAAUGGUCUGUUGAAAUACGCAAGUGAUAUUUCAUUUUAGCUUUAGCAUGAACUGGUGGAUGAUUUUUCUGGGAAUAUGUUCUGUAUUCGAUUUAUCUGGUUCAAUUGAAGAGGACUGCACUGACUUCCAGGGACAAACCAUACAACACGGAAUCCUCUAUGUGCCAGGGCCUGCUGUUUGCACAAUGUGCGUGUGUUACCACAGCGAACCGAUGUGGUGCCAAGCUAUCUAUUGUGAUCCUCCUUAUUUCUGCAAAAAGUUUCGGGUUGGCGAACGGUGCUGCGAAUUCGAAUGUUUGGACCCACCAGGAGAUGCAGCAUCUAAAUUGUUGGAAGAAUAUCGAAAAAAAAUGUUGAGGACAAACGAUGCAGCUCAAACAACGAUUCCAAAAUUUUUGUUAAUGUGUCUCUUUACAGUACUGCAUAUGUAAUUAUAUAUCCAGAAAACCUGGGCAAAGCUUUCAUAUUGGACAUAGAAAAAUGUAUAGUUUUCAAGGACAUUGCAUUCGAUUCAUUUUCCGUUUACAAGAUAAUAUCACCAUAUGAAAUAUUUUGAGAGAAAUCUAUACAAUUUUCAAUGCAAUACACUGUGUUGUUUGAUGUAUUAUAUUAAACAAUAUGGGUUCUAAACUUUUGCUUUUCAAAUGUAUAGGUCUAAAAAACAUCUCUCUGAAUGUUACUCUGCUGAAUUAGACUUUCUAAAGGUUGACUGUUGAAACAAGACAAAACUUUUGAACCCAAGACUUGCGGUCAUUUGAGAAAAAUAUUCGAAUGUUAUAGUACAGCAGAUAUUCUCCUCAUAUGCGAUGGAUGGACUUGGCCGAUAUUUGAUGAAAAUCCAUUAGGUACUCAUUCAAAUAACACUAUUACACUAUUAACACUAUUAUGAGAUUUUUACGGAACAGUUCACAAAAUAACAACACGUGUUUCGGUAUACAAUAGUGCCUCAAGCAUUUUCCAUACCGACUGGAUUCUACUUAAUUUCUGUUUUGUAUAAUAAUAAUUUGAACUUUACCUAGAGUAGCGAAUAAUGAUGUCAACUGACUUUGGAUGGAAAAUAAUUGAAUUUUUUAACAUCAUUGAGAAAUAUCAUUCAUAAUGUUCAAACAUUUGGAGGCUGACGUCACCACCAAGUAGUCGCAUCACUUCCCAUAAGAGCGACUGUAGACGAAAUGUUAAUUCAUGUGCAUUAACAGAACAUGUUAAUUCGGAGGAUCAUAAAAUGAAUUUUGAAAAUCCAAAUAUUUUAGAUAGAGAAACCAAUACAACUAAAAGAAUAUUUUUGGAAAUGAUACACAUUAACAACGAAGAACAUUCAAUGAAUAAACGAACUGAUAUUGAUAGUCUUAGCAAAAUUUACACGUAUCUACUGAAAUAUGAUUAAGAAAAUAAAAGAUCUAGUAAUUCGAGUAUCAUUCAGAAUUUUCACACUUGACAUU